UUAUACAUGGUCCAAUAAUAAUAACAGGCCCAAUUGUAAACAGCUUCACCGAUUCGGAUCGGUUCAAAGAUCCAUUUUCUAUCCUCGGUCUGGCUCUUCUCCGUCCUCUUUCUGGGCAAAUAGAGAGAAAGUUUCCCCUGAAAGAACCACAAGUGCACAACAGAAGGAAAAGUGGACCUUACCUACCUAACCAACCACAGACCCACGUGUUUUUUAUUUCUAAUUAUUUUCUUGAAUUAUACAAAUUUUUCCACUCUUAAAUUAUUCAAUUCACAUCGGUUUAGCCUUUUGGUUUCUUAGCUAAACUUUCUUGGGUUUCACUUUCCUUCUUGAACAUGUGAUCUCUAUUUGUUAUUAUUGGUUUAUUAAUCCAUUUGGGUUUCCUCAAAAUCACAAUUUCUUUUGCUCAUAACCUUCUUUCAUUUUCACUUUAGUGGUGAAAUUUGAUUACUUGAUGAAAUCUUUAACAUAAAUUUGGGUAUAGAAAUAUCACAACUUUUCAUCUUCCUUGACCUGUUUGCCAACCCAUUUGCUUUUCUCUUUAUUUUCUCUUAAUGCUUUUCUGAUUUUUUUGUCUGAUGAUCGAUCUGGGUGUGGUACUUUCAGCAUCAAGUACACCAAUGCCUCCACAAAAUAUGGUUUCUUUAUCUGGUUCAACGUUAUUUCCUGCUAGUAUAGCUCAUGGCUCUACUCGGUUCACUAGGUUCUCUGUUUGGAGUGCGGAUACAGUCAAUUCUUUCUGUUAUAAGCAGCGAAAGGAACAAAGGAAGGUUGUUUGUUCUUGUAUGGCUCCUCCAAGAAACAUCAGCAGCGAUGAAUGUUCUGCAACCAGAUACAAUGAUUCAUACAAGUCAGAACAAUUAAGAAAGGUAUUGGAACCGGAGAAUGAAUCGGACUCUGAUAUUCUUAUCGAAUGUAGAGAUGUAUACAAGUCGUUCGGGGAGAAGCAUAUACUGAGAGGUGUGAGCUUCAAGAUUAGGCAUGGUGAGGCAGUUGGAAUAAUUGGACCUUCAGGUACUGGGAAAUCCACGAUAUUGAAGAUUAUGGCAGGACUUCUUGCUCCAGACAAGGGCGAGGUUUACAUCCGAGGUAGGAAGAGAGAUGGUUUAAUUAGCGAUCAGGAUUUGUCAGGUCUUCGAAUUGGAUUGGUGUUUCAAAGUGCAGCACUCUUUGAUUCUUUGACUGUACGUGAAAAUGUUGGUUUCCUUUUAUAUGAAAACUCAAGCAUGAGAGAGGAACAAAUCUCAGAGCUUGUGAGGGAAACAUUGGCCGCCGUGGGUUUAAAGGGAGUUGAGGACCGACUACCUUCUGAGUUGUCUGGUGGGAUGAAGAAAAGAGUUGCCCUAGCUCGAUCUAUAAUUUUUGAUAUUACAAAGGAAUCAAUAGAGCCAGAGGUGCUUUUGUAUGAUGAACCAACUGCAGGGCUUGAUCCAAUUGCAUCUACUGUAGUAGAAGAUUUGAUCCGUUCUGUUCAUAUGAAGGCUGACGACGAACUUGGGAAUCCAGGGAAGAUUGCUUCUUAUGUGGUUGUUACUCAUCAGCAUAGUACCAUUAGGAGGGCUGUUGAUAGGUUGUUGUUUCUCUAUAAAGGAAAGAUUGUUUGGCAAGGGAUGACUGAUGAAUUCACCACAUCAUCUAAUCCAAUUGUUCAACAGUUCGCAUCAGGGAGCCUGGAUGGGCCUAUUAAAUAUUAGGAUGUCAACCAUGGGAUUUUUACGCAAUGGGAUACUAAGAUGAGAAUUAUUAGAAGCAAGUUCAUGCAAAUUUUGCUGCUUUCAGGAUCUGGACUUCUACAUGCUUAUUAUAGGUGAUUAAAACUCAUGGGGUCAAAAGAAAUUAGACGAGUCCUCUGAGGUGCCAUCUUUAUAUACAAGAGCCUUCUUUCUCUUUAAAAUGUACCAAAAUCAUUAUUCUUCUUGGUUUGUAAUUUAGUUUAUAUUACUGGGGCAGUAAUUUGGAUCCCCUUUGUAGGAAAAGAUAAAUGCAUUUAGACAGUGUAACAACUCUGACAAUGUUGUUCUGAAUUUAUAGAAUUGAAGUUUAAAAAUAUCUUUUUCUA